CAGAAGGAGUCAAGAUUGCUCUUACACAUUUGCUUCACUGACCUGCGACACUGCUGAAAUACGAAGAAAUAUAAACCAACUUCAAUCGCCAGCAUGGGCAAAGUAGCAAUUGUCACAGGCUCAUCUCGAGGCAUUGGCCGCGCCGUUGCUCUCCGCUUGGCUCAAGACGGCUACGAUGUAGCAGUCAACGAUAUCGCAGCCAACAAGUCCGGCGCCGAAGAAGUUGCAAAAGAGAUUCAAGGACUGGGCCGAAAGUCUACAGUCGCCAUUGCAGAUGUCUCCAAGCUGAAAGAAGUCGAGGACAUGAUUCAGCAUACAGUCAAUGAGCUCGGACCACUGAAUACUAUGGUCGCGAAUGCAGGCAUUGCCCAAGUCAAAGCACUGCUCGACUUGACAGAAGAGGACUUCGAGAACAUGUUCCGCGUCAAUGUCUUUGGAGUGAACAACUGCUACCAGGCUGCGGCAAAGCAGAUCAUCAAGCAAGGGAAUGCGACUGCUGAAGCCCCAGCGAAACUUAUUGGCUGCGCCUCGAUCGUCGCCUUCAAGCCCUUCGCUCUUCUCUCUCACUACUCCGCGUCGAAAUGGGCUGUUCGUGGUCUGACACAAGCUUAUGCGAUGGAGAUGGCCGAGCAUCACAUCACCGUCAACGCAUAUGCGCCAGGCAUUGUGGGAACAGCCAUGUGGGACCUCAUCGAUGAAAAGCUAGGCGAGAAGUCAGGCGUCAAGAAAGGUGACACGAUCAAGAAGUAUACCAAUGAAUUGAUUGCCAUGAAGAGGACUAGCACACCUGAGGAUGUUGCAAAGUUGGUGAGCUUCUUGGGUAGCCCGGACAGCGAUUAUGUGACUGGACAAACUCAAGUCGUUGAUGGAGGAAUCAUCUUCACAUAAGUGAGAAGGCUGGGGUGCAGGCGAAGUCGUGCGGCGAAUGCGGACGCUUUCAAGGCGUUAGAAUGAGAGACUGCUAGAGCAGGAAAUUGCAAGACACAGGGUGUCCAAAUUUCGAAGUCAAGCCGCAUAAAUGAUAUCACUGUUAAAAUGCUCUCAAAACACCAA